AUGGAAAACAUGGAAUCGAGGCUCAAGAAUGCCCCUUAUUUUCGAUGUGAGAAGGGGAACAAUUCUGUCCCCGUGUGCCGGAAGUGUGAGACGUGUGUCCUGGCCUGGAAGAUCUUCUCCACCGAAGAGUGGUUCCGAAGGGUGGGCAAGAUGUCCCAGAUGAGGUUUCUGGUCAGCAUCCUGCAGCAGCUGGAUAGCUUGUAUUUGUUACACUAUUUUCAAAAUAUCCUUCAGACCACGCAGGGGAAGGAUUUUGUCUACCACAGGUCCCGGGUCAACCUCAGCAAGAAGGAGGGGAAAAUCGUCAAGUCCUCCUUGAACCAAACGCUGGACGAGACGGUGGAACAGAAGAUGAGGGGAAUUUUGCACUGGUUUGGGAACAGCAGCUCCCGGACGAAGGCGAACUACACACUCCUGCUGCUGCAGAUGUGCGACCCCGAGUUACUGCUCACUGCUGCUGAUGUCAUCAGAGUCCUGUUUCUGAGAGGGCGGAACGAUGCCUCAGGGAACGACCCAGACUCCAAGGAUGUGUUUUUCUUCCCUGAGAAAGGCCACACGCCCCCGUGCGAGACCUCACAAGUCUGCUGGGCAGCCAGACCCGGGCACACAUCCUUCCCGUUGUCCAAAACUACAGGAAAAGCAAAGUUGCACGAAAAUGUGUGGUGGGGAGCAGCCACUACUGAAGGACAGUGGAAGAGUUCACUCCAGUAUAUUGCCGAGAUGAAUAGGCUGUCUUCUGAAAAAGCAAGCGUGUCCAAAGCAGGCUCGGCCCCCGCCGCCGAUGUGCUGGUGGAUCUGGAGGCCAUCAGAGAGCUGUCUUCUGGGGUCAGCAGAUACCGCGACUUCAUCCGUCACCUGCCCGCCCACCUCUCCAAGUCUAUCCUCAGUAUGCUGGAUAAGAACAGCCUGAACAGGUGUGUGUUCGUGAGCCAGCACUGGGCAGUGCUGGCGCAGCAGGUCAAGACUGACAUGUCCAUGCACUCUUUCAUCCAGCACCAGAUCACCUUCCUGCAGGGGUCCCACACCAGGGGAAUAGACCCUAAUUACGCCAACAAGGUUACUAUCCCAGUUCCUAAGAUGGCAGAUGACGGGAAGCACCUACGUGUGAAAAAUCAGAAAUGGAAACUGAGAACGAAGAAUGACUACGACCUGUGGACCGCCUACCAGAACCAGGAAACUCAGCAGGUGCAGAUGGAGGAGAGGAAUGUCUUCUGUGGCACUUACAACGUCCGCAUUCUCUCUGACGUGUGGGACCGAAACAGAGUCAUCCACUAUUCUGGGGGAGAUUUGUUAGCUGUGUCAUCCAAUCGGAAGAUCCAGCUUCUGGACAUCAUACAAAUAAAGCAGAUACCCAUCAAGUUCCGAGGCCACACUGGGAGUGUCCGUACCCUCUUCUUGUGUGAGGAGGAAAACUUUCUCCUGAGUGGGAGUUAUGACCUGAGUAUCAGAUACUGGGAUCUGAACAGUGGGGCUUGCAUACGCAUCUUCAGUGGCCACCAGGGGACUAUCACUUGCAUGGAUGUGUGUAAGAACAAGCUCGCCUCUGGAGCAAAAGAUUGCCAGGUAAAAGAGUGGGAUAUAGAGACAGGAAAGUGCCUGAAGACCUUUAAACACAAAGACCCCAUCCUGGCCACCAGGAUCAAUGACACGUACAUCGUGAGCAGCUGUGAGAAAGGGCUGGUCAAAGUGUGGCACAUCAUCACGGCCCAGCUGGUGAAGACGCUCAACGGCCAUGAGGGAGCUGUGAAGUGUCUGUGCUUCGACCAGUGGCAUCUCCUGUCGGGAAGCGCUGACGGCCUGGUGAUGGCCUGGAGCAUGGUGGGAAAGUACGAGCGGUGCCUCAUGGCCUUCAAGCAUCCAAAGAUGGUGAUCAACACGGAGAGCAACGUCCUCAUGUUCCAGUUUGAGAAUAUCAAGUGGCAGUACUCCCUGGAACGGGCCAAGCAAAAGAAGAAGGGCAAAGAGGAGGACAGCGAAGAAAACGGCCCCGCAGAAGUUCUCUCCAAGUCGAGCACUCAGAUUUACAGCCCUCAGGAAUCCACAUCUAGCAAACAGACAGCCCAGGAGUCCCUGUUCAGCAAAUCUCACAGGUCCCGAGUUCUCCUGAGGGCAUCCAGGUUACCUACAGGAGUGUUAACGGAGGCACCUCUAAGGCAAGGAAAGCCAAAGUCACCCCGAAGAGAUGGCAGGAAGAGACCGAGUUCUAGGGAAGCAAAUGGCACGGGCACCGAGCAAGAGAAUUUGGAAGCAAAACCCCUCGCCGGAGAUAAGAAGAACGGAGAUGAUGUGGAGAAAAUACCAAAACAAGGACAACUGGGAACUUUGGGAGACUUGAUCAAUUGCUCACAGAAGAAGUCCUGGUGCACCCCUAUGUCACCUGACCAGUUCCUUCUGACUGUGAAUGCCCUGCAGAAAGUCCAUAAUUCUGGGGAGUUUGCCUAUCCCCGGAGGCCCCAAACCCAGGUCAUCGAUGCCUGGGGACCUUCCAUUUCAUACCCAAGGAAGGUCCUGAGUUUGAAGGGACAGUCGGUCCAACUUGCAGUAGAUCGGUUGAGAUUGAGCAACCCUCCCAUAGACGUGAAACAAACCAGUAUUCCCCUUGAAAUCCAGAAGCUUCAGCCUAACCUGAAGAACUCCGUGCACAGCCCCAGAGUCCAGUCUACCAUCCCCCAGCCGGUGCUUAUCUGCCCCAGGUUCUCUGGCAGCUUAAAGGGUGAAGACCCGGCAACCAGUUCAACUGAUGGGGCAGUGCGCAGCUUCAGCCCCUUAACCAGCACACAGGUCAUCAAACCAAACCACAUGCUGGCUCCGCCGAUGGGCACGACGGCCCAGGCUGCCAAGAAAGAUCGGCCCCGCUUCUACACGGCCCUCGACCCCUUCAGAGUGAACACGGAGUUCAUGCUGCUGACUGUGAAGGAGGAGAAAGAGUACGAGGAGGCCAAGAGGAAGGAGUUUCAGGCCAUAAAGCCGGCUGGAGUGGUUGAUCCAGAAAAAGCCAGCAGAGCUGCAUGGAUCAGGAAGAUCAAAGGCCUGCCCGUAGAUAAUUUCACGAAGCAAGGAAAAACAGCAGCCCCUGAACUUGGACAAAACGUAUUUAUCUGAACCAGCCUUGGGAAAU